GUUUCAUCAUGGCGGACUUGACAUUUGUGGAAGUGUCUGAGGUGAAAACGGGAAGCAGGCCAGGAACCGGGAAAGAGUGUAUAAUGAGACCGCUGCGCCCUCUGCUCGGCUGCCUGGACACAGUUUUCGGCUCAUUUCGUGCUUCUAGAAACAAACUCGUCACACAAGCAGCAGUAGUUCCGCAUCUGAAUUAUUUCAGGAAAACGAUGCACUAUCAAACGGAGGAGAGAGGACGCCCCCAUUCUCCUGACUAUCGGAUUUAUUUUAAAACAUCUGAUGGAAAAUACAUUUCACCUUUCCAUGACAUCUCACUCAUAGCGGAGACAGAACAGGACAAUGAUGUGCCAGCUAAAAAGCCCAAGAAGAAUGACAGUGAGGUGCUCUUUAACAUGGUGGUGGAGGUACCUCGAUGGUCACAUGCUAAAAUGGAGAUUGCAACGAAGGAACCCCUGAACCCGAUCAAACAAGAUGUGAAGAAAGGAAAGCUCCGGUAUGUUGCCAACAUAUUUCCCCACAAAGGUUACAUCUGGAAUUAUGGGGCGAUUCCACAGACGUGGGAAGACCCGAACCACACGGACGCAGAGACAAAGUGUUGUGGUGACAAUGAUCCCAUCGACGUUUGUGAGAUCGGCACCCAGGUGUGCUCUCCAGGUCAGGUGAUCCAGGUGAAAGUGCUCGGUAUCCUGGCCAUGAUCGAUGAGGGAGAAAUGGACUGGAAGGUCAUCGCUAUCAACAUUAAGGACCCUGACGCCAAAAAGCUGAACAGCAUAGAGGAUGUCCGCAAGAGCCGGCCUGGUCAUUUAGAGGCCACUGUCGACUGGUUCAGGAAAUACAAGGUUCCUGAUGGAAAGCCUGAGAACCAAUUUGGAUUCAACGGACAAUUUAAAGACAAGGACUUUGCAGUUGAGAUCAUAAUGUCCACCCAUGAGCACUGGAGGGCACUAGUGCAGAAUAAGUCAAAUAGCGCAGGCAUCGCAUGCAAAAAUAUCUCCUGCUGUGAGAGCCCCUCUAAGUGCAGUGCAGAAGAGGCCAAAGAGGUGGUGGAAUCGGCCCCUGCAUUCGACAGCGCACAUGUUGCGUGUCCAGAAUUGGGCAAGUGGCAUUUUGUCUGAGGAUCUGAAGACAACAUGGAAACCAACUUGAAGCAGCUGAACACUUUUGAAUGCAGCUUGAUUGAUUUUUUAUAUACACUUAUAUACUAAUAAAGGACUGGCUUAUCUAAAGCCAGUUGAGUAUCACUUGAAA